GUUUUUUUUAUAACCCUGGCAGGCGGCUCAGGAAGUGCCUUCCCCGCGCCCCCUCCCCCGGCCACGCCGCUGCGCUCGCUCGCUCCCUCCCUUCCUGCGCGCGCGGGGCGGCGAGACGGCGGCGGCCACGGCGCGGAGGCCCCGGGCGCGGCGCAGGCUCCAAAGAGGAAGAAACCAAGGCCCAGAGAGGCCCAGGUGCAGGGGAGCAGGCGAAGGAAGGAUCCGUACAGGAGCCCAACACUAUUCCACCACCUGAAGCCCCCAAAAGGAGCCCGGUGAUGCUGCGCAGGCUGUGAACAGGGGAGGCGGCACUGUGGGGGCUGCCGGCAGCCAGGGCUGGGGAGAGACAUGUGGACACGUGGCCUCUAUGGCUCCCGCCUGCCAGAUCCUCCACUGGGCCCUCGCCCUGGGGCUGGGCCUCACCUUCGAGGUCACGCACGCCUUCCGGUCUCAAGAUGAGUUCCUGUCCAGUCUGGAGAGCUAUGAGAUCGCCUUCCCCACCCGUGUGGACCACAACGGGGCACUACUGGCCUUCUCUCCACCUCCUCCCCGGAGGCAGCGCCGGGGCACAGGGGCCACAGCCGAGUCCCGCCUCUUCUACAAGGUGGCCGCACCCAGCACCCACUUCCUGCUGAACCUGACCCGAAGCUCCCGUCUACUGGCAGGGCAUGUCUCCGUGGAGUACUGGACACGGGAGGGCCUGGCCUGGCAGAGGGCUGCACGACCCCACUGCCUCUACGCUGGUCACCUGCAGGGCCAGGCCAGCAGCUCCCAUGUGGCCAUCAGCACCUGUGGAGGCCUGCAUGGCCUGAUUGUGGCAGACGAGGAAGAGUACCUGAUUGAGCCACUGCAAGGUGGGCCCAAGGGUUCUCGGGGCCCGGAGGAAGGUGGACCACAUGUGGUGUACAAGCGCUCCUCUCUGCGUCACCCCCACCUGGACACAGCCUGUGGAGUGAGAGAUGAGAAACCAUGGAAGGGGCGGCCGUGGUGGCUGCGGACCUUGAAGCCGCCCCCUGCCAGGCCACUGGGGAAUGAAACAGAGCGUGGCCAGCCAGGCCUGAAGCGAUCGGUCAGCCGAGAGCGCUACGUGGAGACCCUGGUGGUGGCUGACAAGAUGAUGGUGGCCUAUCACGGGCGCCGGGAUGUGGAGCAGUAUGUGCUGGCCAUCAUGAACAUUGUUGCCAAACUUUUCCAGGACUCGAGUCUGGGAAACACCAUUAACAUCCUCGUGACUCGCCUCAUCCUGCUCACGGAGGACCAGCCCACUCUGGAGAUCACCCACCACGCUGGGAAGUCCCUGGACAGCUUCUGCAAGUGGCAGAAAUCCAUCGUGAACCACAGUGGCCAUGGCAAUGCCAUUCCGGAGAAUGGUGUGGCUAACCAUGACACAGCGGUGCUCAUCACACGCUAUGACAUCUGCAUCUACAAGAACAAACCCUGUGGCACACUAGGCCUAGCCCCCGUGGGCGGAAUGUGUGAGCGUGAGAGAAGUUGCAGCGUCAAUGAGGACAUUGGCCUGGCCACGGCGUUCACCAUUGCCCACGAGAUUGGGCACACAUUCGGCAUGAACCAUGACGGUGUGGGAAACAGCUGCGGGGCCCGUGGUCAGGACCCGGCCAAGCUCAUGGCUGCCCACAUUACCAUGAAGACCAACCCAUUCGUGUGGUCAUCCUGCAGCCGUGACUACAUCACCAGCUUUCUAGACUCGGGCCUGGGUCUCUGCCUGAACAACCGGCCCCCAAGACAGGACUUUGUGUACCCGACAGUGGCGCCAGGCCAGGCCUACGAUGCAGAUGAGCAAUGCCGCUUUCAGCAUGGAGUCAAAUCGCGUCAGUGUAAAUACGGGGAGGUCUGCAGCGAGCUGUGGUGUCUGAGCAAGAGCAACCGGUGCAUCACCAACAGCAUCCCAGCCGCCGAGGGCACGCUGUGCCAAACGCACACCAUCGACAAGGGGUGGUGCUACAAGCGGGUUUGUGUCCCCUUCGGGUCGCGCCCCGAGGGCGUGGACGGAGCCUGGGGCCCAUGGGCUCCGUGGGGCGACUGCAGCCGAACCUGCGGCGGCGGCGUGUCUUCUUCCAGCCGUCACUGCGACAGCCCCAGACCAACCAUCGGGGGCAAAUACUGUCUGGGUGAGAGAAGGCGGCACCGCUCCUGCAACACGGAUGAUUGUCCCCCUGGCUCCCAGGACUUCAGAGAAAUGCAGUGUUCUGAAUUUGACAGCAUCCCUUUUCGUGGGAAAUUCUACACGUGGAAAACGUACCGGGGAGGGGGCGUGAAGGCCUGCUCGCUCACAUGCCUAGCGGAAGGCUUCAACUUCUACACGGAGAGGGCGGCAGCCGUGGUGGAUGGGACACCCUGCCGUCCAGACACGGUGGACAUUUGCGUCAGCGGCGAAUGCAAGCACGUGGGCUGUGACCGAGUCCUGGGCUCCGACCUGCGGGAAGACAAGUGCCGAGUGUGUGGCGGUGACGGCAGUGCCUGUGAGACCAUCGAGGGGGUCUUCAGCCCAGCCUCACCUGGGGCAGGGUACGAAGACGUCGUCUGGAUUCCCAGAGGCUCUGUCCACAUCUUCAUCCAGGAUCUGAACCUCUCUCUCAGUCACCUGGCCCUGAAGGGAGACCAGGAGUCCCUGCUGCUGGAGGGGCUGCCCGGGACCCCCCAACCCCAUCGCCUGCCUCUGGCUGGGACCACCUUUCAGCUGCGACAGGGGCCAGACCAAGUCCAGAGCCUGGAAGCCCUGGGACCCAUCAAUGCAUCUCUCAUCGUUAUGGUGCUGGCCCGGACCGAGCUGCCUGCUCUCCGCUACCGUUUCAAUGCCCCCAUCGCCCGUGACUCACUGCCUCCCUACUCCUGGCACUACUCGCCCUGGACCAAGUGCUCAGCACAGUGUGCAGGCGGUAGCCAGGUGCAGGCGGUAGAGUGCCGCAACCAGCUGGACAGCUCGGCAGUCGCCCCCCACUACUGCAGCGCCCACAGCAAGCUGCCCAAGAGACAGCGUGCCUGCAACACGGAGCCUUGCCCACCAGACUGGGUUCUAGGGAACUGGUCGCGCUGCAGCCGCAGUUGUGAUGCGGGCGUGCGCAGCCGCUCGGUUGUGUGCCAGCGCCGCGUCUCGGCCGCAGAGGAGAAGGCGCUGGACGACAGCGCGUGCCCGCAGCCGCGCCCACCGGUGCUGGAGGCUUGUCAUGGCCCCACUUGCCCUCCGGAGUGGGCGGCCCUCGACUGGUCUGAGUGCACCCCCAGCUGUGGCCCAGGCCUCCGCCACCGUGUGGUCCUUUGUAAGAGCGCGGACCAUCGCUCCACGCUACCCCCGGCCCACUGCCCGCCCGCUGCCAAGCCGCCGGCCACCAUGCGCUGCAACUUGCGCCGCUGCCCCCCGGCCCGCUGGGUGGCAGGCGAGUGGGGUGAGUGCUCGUCACAGUGCGGCGUCGGGCAGCAACAGCGCUCAGUGCGCUGCACCAGUCACACGGGCCAGGCGUCCCACGAGUGCACGGAGGCCUUGCGGCCGCCCACCACACAGCAAUGUGAGGCCAAGUGCGACAGCCCACCCCCCGGGGACGGCCCUGAAGAGUGCAAGGAUGUGAACAAGGUCGCCUACUGCCCCCUGGUGCUCAAAUUUCAGUUCUGCAGCCGAGCCUACUUCCGCCAGAUGUGCUGCAAAACCUGCCAGGGCCACUAGGAGGCGCGCGGCACCCAGAGCCACAGCUUGGGGUUCCCCGACGCUAACCCUGCAGCAGCGGGGCGGGCCAGAGGGAGCCCCAGGGGGGCGAGAGCUGGGAGGGAAGGUUGAGAUGGAACCAGAAGUUAUUUAUUGAGAACCCCUGCAGGGCCCCUGGCUGGGGGAUGGAGAGGGUCUGGCUGCCCCCCAGGGCCCCUCUUCAGCGUCUCCCCCUUCCAGUUCACAUAGUGAGACCCCCUCCAGGGUGGGUCUGGGGAGGGGAGAGCUGUUCACCCCAGCACCCUUUGCACCCUCCCUUAGGGAGUCCCCAACACUCCCCUCCUCCUUUGAUUGGAAUAUGUACUGUGAAGAGUAAGGGUGGGGAGGGGGUCUGCCGGUGCCCUGCCUGCCAGCACUGCCCUACCCCUCCACUCCGAGCUGGGGGGAGUCUGUGUCUGCUAUGGGAGACAGGGGUAGCACCACCUCCCUGACACCCUACCCCUGACCUGACCAGGGAGAGUGUCCACCCCUAACCUCUGCCCUGCCUGCCCCAGGGGCACCUCGACAUCCAGGCCACCCCCUCAUGGUGCUACAGACCCUGCCCUGGGGCCCACACACUCCUGCCAGGAUGCUCUACGUCAAUAAAGUUCUGUCUUAUGUAGA